AUUUUCUAAGAAUGCCCAAACUAAAAACAUUGACAGACGCACCAGUCUCCAAUCACUCGACAAUUGCCGUUGACGGAGCUAUGGUUCUUCAACGGGCAAGAGCGGAUGUUGAAAAAGAAGACGAAUAUCUUACAGAACGAAUAUCAUGUCGUCAAAGUUGGCUGGACGACUUCAUUGUCGAAGAAAGGAAUGCUAAAAUGGGAUCGAUUCCUGCUAUUCGACAAGCUAGGAGGAACCGCGUCCAAGCGAAUCGCGAGUGGCUAGAUGAACUAAAAGAUAAAAAGGCGCAUUUGGACAGCUUUAAACCUUUCAUGCCGUUUGGAAGUGUGCACACUGUACCGGGAAGCCUAAAUAAUCCUGCUCACGGCUGUGUUCGGGUCUGGAUACUCUUCAAACUAUUUGAAGAUAGGUUCUGAGACCCGCCACGCAAUGUAUUCCCGUGGAUGGACGUCGAAUUCCGGGACGACCGACGUCUCAUAGGCUCCCACAAAAGGCGUCUUUCUUAUAUAUGCACCAUGGAUGCAGCCUCCGAGGUUCUCCCUGUAACGACAAAGGAAGGGAUCGUUCAAUUUACCGGCUCAAUCGACCACGAAAAGAACCGCACUCUGGGCGUUAUCAAGCACAGGAGAUCGACAGGAUGGACCUGUGGGACUCUCAAUGAGCUUCGUUCCGACUGUCGCCAUGUGCUCCCAGGACAACUAGACUUGAUAAGGACGGAAUGGUGUGUGUUUAAGCUGCCACGUGUAGAAUAUUUCUCAUCCAAGGGUGACUCUGGGGCAGCUGUGAUAGAUUUUGGCGGGAAGAUUGUUGGGAUGGUGCAUAGGAGUAGUGCGAAGAGCGAGCUUUAUAGAGCUGAGAUGACGUAUGUCACGCCUAUGGAUUGGAUUAUUGAAGAUAUAAAGGCGACGAUGGGGACGGACGAUGUUAUUUUGGAAGAGUAUAUUUGGGAUGGAGAGGGGGAGACUGGUAAUUGAGUAAACAAUAAUGCGGUUGGGAUUUUAGAAAUCCAUAAUGAUAACACGUACUGUCGUCUCAAAGUAUACCAUUGGGG